AAAUGAAAAAGCCAUUAAAUUAAAUUAUGUGUAUAUAUUUCAGGUCAUUUGUGAUAUAAUAUACAUAUAUAUAUAUGUACAUAUGUACAUAUACAAUUAAAACUAGUCCACAACGCGUUUUUCUUCACGAUUGAUCGAUACACAACAGGUCUCCCUGUGAUCGAUGGCGACGAAAAUCACAAUGGAGAGCCAAAGUGACAUCGAUCUGUCAGUCGGUCGCGACCCAUUGAAAAACGCGGCAAAUUUAAUUCAAUGGAACGUCGACAUGAGAGUGAUCGUGUCGAACGUGAAAAAGUCAAAGAUGUUCCAAAGAUUCUGCACCGUUGUUAUGUUCUUUUCAGCGAUUCUCGUUGCCAUUAUGCUGUAUCGCUUGAACAGGGAGAUGCACACCUUGCAGCUACAAGUGCAAUCUUUAAACGUAAAUUUAGUAUUAGUGACGUCCAAGUACGACAGGCAGAACCAAGCCUGGAUCCAAAGAUGCGGCGAAUUUCUCGAGAACAGGAAGCUUGACGAUGUGAAUAAACUGUUAGAAGAAGCAUCUUCGAUGUCCAAGACCACAGACAUUUUCCGAAUUCGAAAUAAGAUUAAUGACAAUCCUUACGUUUACGAUGCCGCGGACCCCAUAAACAAUGGAAAUAACGUUGCAACUUCUAAGCUGCUUAUGGCGUUAAUAAGCAACGAGGACGAUAAUAGUGAUAAGAGUAACUCGCGUGUUGAAAGGGCAGCGUUAACGUUGAAGAAAGAGAAUUUAACAGAAGGAGGCAUACACGGAAAGAUUGAUAAUAAUGUGAAUGAUGAUUAUUAUAGAGAUGACGAUGAUGAUUAUGAUUAUGAUGAUGAUAGUGAUAAUGAUAAUGAUAAUGACUUAGAUAUCUGGAGAGAACCCCGUUCUGGAAGAUCAAGGAGAGAGGAGGGAAGAGGUAAAAAACGGGGAAAGAACAAAAGGCGGCCCAAACGCAGUCACAGGCGAUUGGUUUACAUUGGUCCAUGGGUCAAAAGUAUUAGAAACAGUACUCAGUAUAAUUUAAAUAAAUUCCAUUUAGUGGAGGAUAAGAAAUCCAUCGAAGUCACAGCAACCGGUUUGUACAUGAUUUCUGCACAGAUUUUCUACUUUGGCGAGCGAAUAAAUUAUUCCUAUUGGGUACUGUUAACUUCAGAAGGUAAAUCCAGUACUCAGAAACUUGUAAAAUGUUCCACAGCUUCUUCUUCGUCAGCCGCAGAAGUAUCCUGUUAUACAAGUAUAAUAACUCCGUUGCAGAGGGGCGACAGAGUUCACAUUCAGCAACAGGAAAGAGAUCGAUUGAUAAAUAUGCGAGAGGGAUACAGUUACAUACAACUGGUACUUCUGUCUAACAAUGUCCGUAAGAAGCGUUUACGAUAAAUUAAAAAGUAUAAAAAUCUAGUGUUGUGCCAUGUGACAAUGAAAAAAGAACUUACUUCACAUUAAUGUGAUCGACGAGAAAGUAAGAGAAUGUCAUUCGUAAGUGCGAAUCAGAAAUUUUAAUUUUAAGUUUAAAAUUUGUACUUUUAAAGUUUUGUUUUAUAAACAAUUGACUUUUCCAUUAAACAACCAUUCUCUUUGUAUUAUUCCUAUUUUUGUUACUUUUUUAACGUAAUGUAAGUUUUGAAUUUUAUACAAAUUGAAAUUGGACGUAAGAAAUGCAUAAUAACUAUGCGGAAGAGUAAAAGAGAAAUUUUUAGGAUCAAUAAUCCAAAUUUACGCGUGUACGUUCAUGUGUACUCUUGAAAUUAUACUUUUGUAUGAAUAUUUUAUUUCGUAAAGAUCAGGAAAAUCAAAGAUGUGAUGUUAUGUUUAAAGAGUCAUACUUCGUACCAGGUGUAACCAAUUUCAUUGGAAAAUUUUCAUUGUUGAAAAGUAUCAUGUAAUGUUGCUAAACAGUUAGUUUGAAAGAUUUAAAAAAUAAAAAUUUCGAUUGUGAUUUAUGUAUUCUUUUUAUACUUCUUAUCGUUUGUUGCAUAUUGAAAUUGAAAACGGC